GGCAUAUAUAAGAAAGUACAAAGCUAUGAACGCAGUCAUCGCUAAGAGAGUGAGUUUGACACAAACACUGUCACUCCGAGAGGAUCUGUAUCUCCCAAACCCUUCCCUUUGUGGAUAAGAGAAUGGCUUCAGAUCGGAAAGUUCACUCUUUUGAGGAGGUUGCAAAGCACAACCAGACCAAGGAUUGCUGGCUUGUCAUUUCUGGGAAGGUGUAUGAUGUCACCCCUUUCAUGGAGGAUCAUCCCGGAGGUGACGAGGUUUUGUUAUCUGCAACAGGGAAAGAUGCAACCAAUGAUUUUGAAGAUGUGGGACACAGUGAUUCUGCUAGAGACAUGAUGGAAAAAUACUAUAUUGGUGAGAUUGAUGCAUCAACUGUCCCUGUAAAGAGGACUUAUGUUCCACCUCAUCAAGCACAGUACAAUCCUGACAAGACUUCAGAAUUUGUGAUCAAGAUUUUGCAGUUCCUGGUCCCUCUCCUCAUAUUGGGCUUGGCCUUUGUUGUCCGGCACUACACCAAGAAAGAGUAGUUCCGCCUUUAUCUCAUUGGACCCUGGUGAAGGGUCUUUUAGCUAUUUAUACAGUCUCAUUUAAAGGACACUGUUUAGUUUCUUUCUGGGGUCUCAGCAUUGAAUCUUGAUCAGACUAUAGUUCAGUUAGCCAAUGUUUUCCAACUUUCUUUGACAAUGGUAUUAGUGUCAUUGUGACUUGAGAACCUAAUGUUGGACGACAAGUUUCAUUUUCUUUUAUUCAGAGUCGUUGCUUCUUGAAUAAUUUCAUUCCCCUUUUCUUUAUUUAUCUCCCUGUUUCCUUCUUGUCCA